AUGACGCUUGUAAAUGUUUUAUUCUGUUUUAUCGGAAUAUAUUCAUGUUUUCUUACAUGGGGAAUUUUACAAGAACGAGUUUCAACCACACCAUAUGGAGAUAAAGAAACAAAGCAACAAAAAUUCAAAUAUUUCAUAUUUCUUAAUAUGAUCCAAUCAUUUAUGGCAUCGAUCACAGCAUUCAUUUAUAUAAAAAUUUCCAAAGAAAAUUUUGAAAUAAUUAAUAAUUCUUUAUUAAAAAAAUUUUUACAAAUAGCAUUACUUGGAGCUAUAGCACCAACAUUUGGAUAUGAAAGUUUAAAACAUAUUGAUUAUCCAACUUUAACACUUGGAAAAACAUGUAAAUUAGUACCGGUAAUGCUUAUGAGUAUAAUUCUUUAUAGAAGAAAAUUUUCAUUUUAUCAAUAUAUAGUAGUAAUGUUAGUUACACUUGGAGUAUCAAGUUUUAUGCUACUUCAACCAACAUCGGAAAAAAAGAAAGCAGUUGAACCUAGUUCAUUAUAUGGUACAAUAUUACUUUCAAUUAAUUUACUUAUUGAUGGAGUCGUUUGUUCUACACAAGAUCAAAUAUUUUCAAAAUAUAAAAUUAAAGGUCAACAUAUGAUGUUUUUUAUGAAUUUAUUUAGUGGAAUUUUAAUGGCUUGUUGGUUGAUAAAUCCUUGGAAUCAAGAACUUUUUAAUGCAAUAACAUUUUGUAAAAAUUAUCCUAAUAUUAUUAAGGAUAUUUUAUUAUUUUCUUUAUGUGGAGCUUUAGGUCAAUGUUUUAUAUUUUUUACUUUAGAUAAUUUUGGUUCAUUAUUUUUAAAUACUGUAACUGUUACUAGAAAAUUUUUUACCGUAUUAUUAUCAGUAUUUAUAUUUGAUCAUAAAUUAAAUAUUGGACAAUGGUUAUCAGUUGGAUUGGUAUUUUUCGGAAUUGGAUUAGAAGUAUACGCGAAACAAAAAGGAGGUAAAAAAGUAUCAGAGAAAUAUGAUAAAUCAAUUCAAGAAGAAAAUCGAGAAUUGGAAAAAUUAAUAGAAGAGAUAACUAAAAGAAAACAAGUUAAUGGAGUUAUCGAUAAUAUCACGAAGGAUAAAACUUUGUGA